UCACCUUAUGGCUUGCGGAACUGAACUUUAAGAACCAUUCAGGAACUGGGAGUUUUGGACUUUGUCACACACACACAUGACGAGUUUAGUUUUGGGGUUAACGUUCGAGGUUUAACAUUCUUGAAUUCUAACAUACUAACAUUUUUACUUUUAUUUUACGUAUUAUCAAUAGUAGUGAUUAAUAAAAUAGUUUUUAACACUGAAACAUGCUCAGUGUGUUUCUUUUGUUGCUGGUUCAUGACAAAAUUGGGGGCUCGUCCGGGAUAGUUCCCAAGGUUAACGAGUGUCGUCUGGGAUUGUACCCCAGAUUGACGAAAUUUGUUCGAGAUUCAAUCCAAAGAUUUUUGAGGGAGGUCUGAUAAAUUCUUUUUAAUUGGCUUGUGUGUGUGGAAACCAGCAGCAAUGGAUAUUAAGGCAUUUUUGGAGUCACCAACCCAAAAGGGAUUGGAGGUGGCGAAAAAGGAUGAUUUGAUAAAGAUUGCUACAAGGCUAAACCUUACAGAAGUAAAGCAGUCUAUGAGAAAGGCAGAUAUUCAGAGACUGAUAGCUGGCCAUUAUGUGGAAAAGAAGGUGUUUGAGAAGGAAGUGUUAAAACAGUUUCCUGGCAGUGAAAUAGCAAUUUCUGAGGCACAGGUGCAGCUGGCAAAGAUAGAGGCUGAACGAGAACAAAAUAAAUUAGAAGCUGAACGAGAGCAAAAGAGAUUAGAGGCCGAACGAGAGCAAACCCAGUUAAAGAUAGAAGCUGAACGAGAGCAAACCCAGUUAAAGAUAGAAGCUGAACGAGAGGAAAAGAGAUUAGAGGCCGAACAAAAGAAAUUAGAGACUGAACAAAAGCUAACUCAGAUGAAGAUAGAGGCUGAUCUAGCAAUGAAGCAGAUGGAAUUGAAGAGGAUGGAGCUGGAUAACGAGGAGAAAAAGAGGCAGCAUGAGUUACAAAUGAAGCGUAGGAGUUCGGAAUCUGAUUCUGAUGAUGGUUUUUCAGCCAGCAGGGAGGUUCGAUUAGUCCCUCCGUUUGAAGAAGAUCAGGUUGAUCAGUAUUUCCAACAUUUUGAAAAGGUUGCUGUGAGUUCAAACUGGCCAAGGAAAGGAUGGGCUCUUAUGGUACAGAGUGUGAUUAAAGGUAAAGCUCAAAAAGCUUAUUCUGCUUUGUCUGUUGAGGAUGCAGCUGAUUAUACCAAGGUAAAACAAGCUAUUUUGAAGGCCUAUGAAUUGGUCCCUGAGGCUUAUAGACAAAAAUUCAGAGACUUGAGGAAAUCUGCAGAUCAGACUUAUAUGGAAUUUGCCAAUGGAAAGAGAAUAUGUUUUGAACGAUGGUGCCUGGCUAAAAAUGUAGAUGGGGAUUAUGAUAAAUUGACAGAAUUGAUACUGGUGGAAGACUUUAAAAGAUGUGUUCCAGCUGAAUUAACAACAUAUUUAAAUGAAAAGGCAGUGGAAACUUUACAAGAAACUGCUAGGUUGGCAGAUGAUUAUGCUUUAACCCAUAAAUCCAAAUGGGGACAACCUAAAACCUUUCAAAAGAGUUACAAAGACAAUCCAGGUAAACCAGAGAUUAAAUUGGGAGGUAAUCAAAAAGGAAAAGAUGAAAAGAAGCCAGGGCUGGAGAAACCUGUUGAGCGUACUUGUUAUUACUGUAGGAAACCUGGCCACGUGAUAUCUAAUUGUGCCUUUUUGAAGAAAAAGAAGGAAGCUGGGCCCAAUGCUUGCUUUCAGGCAAUUAAAAAUCAAAAAGGUUUAGGAGAUGCUGUUAAAGAUCAGUCCUUGCAAGAGGGAAAAGCGGAAAAGUUGGAGGAGGUGAGAAAGGAAUUCCGUUCGUAUGUAUCAGAGGGUUUUGUUUCACUGAAUGAUGAGUCACCCCAGGUGCCAGUGAAAAUUCUUAGAGAUACUGGGGCUAGUCAAUCUCUCUUGCUGGACAGUGUUUUAAAUUUUGGUGAAGAAAGUGACACUGGUGAAGUAAAUCUAGUACGAGGCGUUACAGGUGAGACCAUGUCUGUCCCUUUUCACAGGGUGAUUUUAAAGUCAAAGUUCGUAGAAGGACCAGUCGAGAUAGGGAUAAGACCUAGUUUGCCAGUGGAAGGAGUUUCUUUGUUAUUGGGAAAUGACCUUGCAAAUGGAGAAAGUGAUCCUGUGGUACGGUUAACAACCAAACCAAGGAUUGAUGAGUCUGAGGAUGAUUCAGAUGUUUACCCAUCAUGUGCGGUGACUCGAGCUAGAGCUAAAGAAUUAGCCAAGACAGACAGUCCGGUGCAGUCUGAUGUAGUUCCUUGUGACAGUCCUAAACAGGAAGAAAAUUUUGAUGCCUUAUCUGAGACUUUUCUGUCUUCACUGGAGGAUCAACAUCCUUACAGUGAGCCUGAAUUUAAAGAUUUGUCUUUGUCGAGGAAGGAUUUUAUGGUGGAACAGACAAAGGACCCUGAGUUGACAGAAUUGAAAGAAAAAGCACUCUCAUGUGAGGAGAUUGAAAAGGUGCCAACUGGAUACUAUGUCAAAAAUGGAGUGUUAAUGAGGAAAUGGAGACCUCCUCAUGUUCCUGUUACUGAGGAAUGGGAAGUUAUUCAUCAGGUUGUUGUUCCAAAAGUUUAUAGGGAUGAGAUUUUAAACCUGGCCCAUAGUAUGCCUUUGGGUGGUCAUUUUGGUGUGAAUAAAACUGUAGGGAAGAUCUUGAAACAAUUCUAUUGGCCUGGUUUGAGAAAAGAUGUGGUGAUGUUUUGUCGAACCUGCCACACAUGUCAGAUGGUAGGUAAACCAAAUCAAAAACCCCCUGUGGCUCCUUUGAAACCAAUUCCUGCUUUUGGUGAACCCUUUUCGAAGGUGAUUGUGGACUGUGUUGGCCCCUUACCAAAGUCUAAGACUGGAAAUCAGUAUUUGUUAACCAUCAUGUGUGCCACUUCUAGAUUUCCAGAGGCAAUACCCCUUAGAAAUAUUAAGGCCAAGACGGUGUCAAAGGCUCUUGUAAAAUUUUUUACCUUGUUUGGUUUGCCAAAAGAAAUCCAAUCUGAUCAAGGUAGUAAUUUUAUGUCAAAAAUUUUUCAACAAAUAGUCUAUGAGCUGGGAGCAAAGCAGAUUGUAUCAUCUGCAUAUCACCCAGAAUCUCAAGGAGCUCUGGAGAGAUUUCAUUCUACUCUCAAAAAUAUGCUGAAGACUUAUUGCUUUGAAAACACCAAGGAUUGGGACGAAGGUAUCCAUUUACUUUUGUUUGCCGUUAGAGAAUCGAUCCAGGAGUCAAUCGGAUUUAGUCCGUUUGAGCUUGUGUUUGGACAUAGGGUGAGAGGACCUUUGGAGUUGUUGAGAGAGCAAUGGGUUAAUGAGGAAGUUCACUUGAGUCUGUUGGACUAUGUCCAAAAAUUUAAAACUCGGUUGGAGAGAGUCUGCCAGCUAGCGAGAGAGAAUUUGAAAACAAGCCAGAUAAGAAUGAAGACAUAUUUUGAUAGACGUGCUCGGCCUAGGACAUUCGCAGUGGGGCAAAAGGUGUUGGUAUUUUUCCCUAGCCAAAAUAAUCCCUUGCAAGCUCGCUUUUCUGGACCCUAUGUUAUUGAAUCUCGAGUGACUGAUCUAACAUAUAUAAUCAAAACACCAGAUAGACGCAAGAAAACACAACUCUGUCAUGUAAACAUGCUAAAACCUUAUUAUGAGAGGGAUUCAGUUGUGGCCUUGGUGGAUGGUGAAAAGGUUGUUUCUAGAAUGCCUGAUGUUGAUGUUGAGGAAGGCCAAUUUAGACCAAAUAUUGUUCCAUCGAAACUGAAAAACCAAAAUAUCAUGGAGAACCUUGAAACGAAGUUGGACCAUUUACAAGUUUCACAAAAACAACAGAUGAGAGAAUUAAUUUUAAAAUUUAAAAAUCUGUUCCCAGAUGUUCCAAACAGAACAUCGAUAAUUACCCAUGAUGUUGAUGUUGGGGAUGCAAAACCAAUCAAACAACACCCAUAUCGAAUGAAUGUGGAAAAAAGUAAACUUGUUGAUCAGGAAAUAAAAUACAUGUUGGAAAAUGAUAUUAUUAGACAUUCUACUUCAAAUUGGAGUUCGCCCUGUGUUAUUGUACCUAAACCUGAUGGAACUGUUAGAUUUUGCACAGAUUACAGGAAAGUGAAUGCUGUAACAAAGUCAGAUGCUUACCCUAUUCCUAGGGUGGAUGAUUGCAUAGACAGAGUGGGAAAGGCAAAAUUUCUUACAAAGAUUGACCUAUUAAAAGGGUACUGGUGUGUUCCAUUAACAGAUAGAGGAAGGGAAAUUUCAGCCUUUGUAACCCCUUCUGGAUUGUAUGAAUACAAUGUUUUGCCAUUUGGAAUGAAAAAUGCUCCGGCAACAUUUCAAAGAAUGAUUAAUUCAGUGAUUCAUGGGUUAAAACAUACAGAUGCCUACAUUGACGACUUAGUGACUGGGAAUGAUACUUGGGAAGAUCACAUCUCUGCGUUAGAAAGGUUGUUUGAAAGACUUUCCAAGGCUAACCUUACAGUUAACUUGGCUAAAAGUGAAUUUGGCCAUGCCACUGUGACGUAUCUUGGUUAUGUUGUAGGUCAAGGCAAGCAAGCUCCUGUUCAGGCAAAAGUUCAAGCAAUAUCUGAGUUCCCUAUUCCCACAGGUACGAGGACUGUUAGAAGAUUUUUGGGAAUGGUUGGAUAUUAUCGAAAAUUUUGUAAAAGUUUUGCUGAUAUUGCUCUUCCCCUAACUAAUCUUCUGAAGAAGGGAGUAAAGUUUGUUUGGACAGAUUCUUGUCAAGAAGCAUUUGAGAAGCUGAAAGCCAUUUUAUGCUACCAUCCUGUGCUCAGAACACCUGACUUUGAAAAGCCAUUUUCAUUAGCAGUAGAUGUCAGUGAUGAAGCUGCAGGAGCUGUGUUGUUGCAGAAGGGUGACCUUGAUGAUAUUGACCAUCCUGUAGCUUACUUUUCAAAGAAAUUUAAUGAGCAUCAAAAGAAUUAUUCCACCAUAGAGAAAGAAUUACUGUCGCUUGUUUUAGCCUUGCAACAUUUCAGUGUAUAUGUUUGCACCGCUCAGAAACCAUUGACUGUAUAUACAGAUCAUAACCCAUUGGUGUUUCUGAGCCGAGUCAAAAACAAGAACAGAAGGCUGUUAAACUGGAGUUUAAUUUUGCAAGAGUUUGAUCUCAUGAUAACUCACAUUAAAGGCAAAGAUAAUGUGAUUGCUGAUUGUCUUUCCCGAUGUUAAAUGGGAAACAUGUAUCUAUACUAAUCUGAUAGUCUGUAGUUGUGUAACAUGAUAAUUAUUAACAUUACUAACUGUAUGCGCGGUUAAAAUUUUCUUGGGAAAAUUUUUUUUUUGGUGGGAGGUGUUAUGGACUCAGUGAAAGUCCCUUUAAGAUAGAGAGUGUGUGUGUAUGUGUGUGUGGGGCGUGCUUACGUCAAUAGAAGAUAAAGGACGUAAUGACGUUGAAGAAGUCAGAAGAAGAAGAAGGAGAGAGAGAGAAGGGAGAGAGACACCAGCCUGCUUGUUUUCUCUAUCGAUGGAUGAGAAACAAUAACUGUGUUUGCCACUGAAAUCCAUGUAUGGAAGUUGGAAGUAAUCCGGUGGAGUUCACUUUGUUGCUGACCUGUAGAAGGAAACAGGUAUUUGUAUGUGGACGACCACGGUUCGGAUGCUUUUCGGGGUGAGGAAGUCACUACCGAGUAAACACUGAAGUGUCGUUUGGGUUCCAUCGUGGAACAUUUGGAUUUCGUAUGUACUCUCUCUCUAUGUUUUUCUACAUCUACAUCUUAUCUUCAGACAACGGUAGUUGUUGAAGAAGCCCUUGCCCAUGUUUCACCUUAUGGCUUGCGGAACUGAACUUUAAGAACCAUUCAGGAACUGGGAGUUUUGGACUUUGUCACACACACACACACGAAGAGUUUAGUUUUGGGGUUAACGUUCGAGGUUUAACAUUCUUGAAUUCUAACAUACUAACAUUUUUACUUUUAUUUUACGUAUUAUCAAUAGUAGUGAUUAAUAAAAUAGUUUUUAACACUGAAACAUGCUCAGUGUGUUUCUUUUGUUGCUGGU